AUGGAUUGCUGCAAAGACCCAAAAGCAAUUACGGGUCAGGUUGUAUGCCCUAAGCCUCGUCGGGCCGGGCCGUCCGUGGUGGUUCCUUUGAGAUCUCGCCUGCGUGACGAUGCGGAGUCGAAACCGGGUUCUGAAUUGCUUGGCUUAAUCUUAAAGGAUGAUUUUCAAAGGUCGGUAUCACCUCCGUUUUUCUUUGGAUCCCCUCCAUGCAGAGCCUCGAAUCCUUUAGUGCAAGAUGCUCGUUUUGGGAUUGACCCAAAUAAGCUAAGUUCCAUUCGUAACUCCCCAGAUGAGUCAGCUCAUCAUGCUAGAGAACAGUUGGGUAAAGAACAAGCAGCCGUGAGAAUUGAAGGCUUUGAUUGCCCGAAUACCCGCGCUGUUGCCAUGGUGUAG